AUGAAAAUUGAUUUGACAUUCAAACUUCGCGUUUUGUUCGCAAAGUCGUCAAAUAAGACGGGCCAUGAUGGAGUAAGGAAAGCGAUACAUCAAUCUUUCUUCAAAUUAUAUCAUAUGAGCAAAGAAACAAAGCAGAAUUUUGGUGAGGUAUUUGGUCACUUCGCAACUGAACGCCUCAGCGAGCUCAAUUUGGGAGAGAAGGAAUACAAUUUGCAUACCAAUAUUCGAAAUCAUUCGAAACCACCGAAACAUGCCGGAAAAAGGCCAAAAUCCAAACUUACGAAAGUUCGUAUCACCUAUUAUUCGAAUGCUACCGCUACUAGACAAAUUCGACUAAUUCGUGCGGGGGAUGUAGAACAAAACCCAGGGCCAAGCUUGCAAGUGGGGUCCCCCUUUCAGGAAGCAACUGUCUACUCACAGGCAGCAAUAAUGCUAAUUAUCACGAUCUUCGCAACCUUGGGAAACAGUUUAGUCUUGAUUGCCACCUGGAAGGAGAAAAGCCUUCAUGAGCCACGCAAAUAUUUCGUUGCUUGCCUGGCUGUUGCUGAUCUUUCACUCGGUUUGUUCGUGGCUCCGAUUCUGUCGUGUCAGAUUUUUAAUGAAAUAGAGAAGAAUCCAGCAAUGAACUCUAUUCAUCUUUGCCGUUUUCUCAUUUGGGUCGAUGCAUUUUCGGCGACGGCAUCUAUUUACAUACUAACGUUCAUCAGUUUCGACCAAUAUCUAAAAGUCAGCAGGCCACUUCAGUACCGAAUAAGAAUGACAAAUUCAAAGUCAAGAAACAUCAUCAGAACCAUCUGGUUCAUUGCAGCAACUUAUGCGACAUUACAUAUGUUUCCCUACGAAGAUGACUUGGGUAUCAUAUUAGAACCCGAAUGUGGGUUUAGAAAUAAGGGUUUUCAUACAUUCAUCGCGGUUAGUGCGUUUUUUGUUCCAACCAUAAUCAUAUUGGUCAUGCAAUCUCUCAUUUUUUUGGUUGCACACAAUCGACGCAAGAGGAUGCGAAAUGGUGAACUGGGCCAGAUUUACAGCAAAGAUAGAGGGGAGCGAAAAGAUUUUUAUAAAGAUCUUCAAGUCAUCCGCAUGUUGUUAGUUGUUGUGGUUGCAUUUAUAAUUUGUUGGGGUCCCCUUUUUUCAACGUUGAUGAUAUCUUAUUAUUCCCCGUCAGUUUAUAAUAAUUAUUGCAAUGUACAUGUUUGCUUCAUUAUUUUUCGAAUAACACGUACACUUCCGAUAUUUAACUCCUUUUUAAACCCAAUCAUAUAUGCGUGUCUUGAUAUAACGUACAAGAAAGCUUUCAAAAGCCUGCUUCGGAGGAUAUGUCAACCAUGCUCAAAAAAAAAUCAGAACCACGAAACCUUCGAAAUGAUUUAUCCUCGGAAAUUGAAUACCCCGGAAGACAGUUGA